CGACCUCCACAGCCAGACCUCGGCAACUCCUCGUCCCCUCGGUCGCAGCAGCAGAGGUCCGCGGCAGUCUCCCUUAGAACCGCACGUUUCGUCUUAUUACACUUGUCUGUCUUAUAGCGGCGGUUCCAACUCAUUUCGCGAGCGUCUACUUUAUAGACUUUGUCUUUCUAAGCAUCAUCAACCUCUCGCUUUUCGCGACACUAGCACAAUGGGUUUCAACACUGCAUUAACCAGAGCGCUGGGGAUCAAGAGUAAAGCCACCCUUUCAUCAUACCAGCAAAUACUGACCAGCCUAGUUCCUGUCGUUCAGGGUGGCAUGCAAUGGGUGGGAUACGCUGAGCUCGCAGCAGCCGUCAGCAAUGCCGGUGGUCUUGGAAUUGUACGUUGUGCAGCCUUCAUGAACACAUGGCAAUCUCCAGCGAGCAAAGACUGACUUACCCCAGCUCACUGCCCUCACCCAACCAACUCCCGAAGACUUGCGCAAGGAAAUUCGCAAAUGUCGCUCCAUGACGAAGAACCCCUUUGGCGUUAACCUGACCCUCCUACCCGCCCUAGUGCCCCCCGACUACGGUGCCUACGCACAAGUGAUAAUCGACGAGGGGAUCAAGAUCGUUGAAACAGCAGGCAACAACCCUGGUCCUGUCAUCCGGCAACUCAAGGCCGCAAACAUCACAAUCCUGCACAAAUGCACGACAAUCCGACACGCCAAGUCGGCUGUUAAGCUGGGUGUUGAUUUCCUAUCAAUCGAUGGUUUUGAAUGUGCAGGGCACGUGGGCGAGCACGAUAUCACGAACUUCAUCCUUCUUAACCGUGCGAGACAGGAUCUCGGCGUGCCGUUCAUCGCCUCUGGCGGGUUCGCAGACGGGUAUGGGCUGGCCGCGGCGCUGGCGCUCGGUGCAGAGGGAAUCAACAUGGGGACGCGGUUCAUGUGUACAGUCGAGGCGCCGAUUCAUCAAAAGGUGAAGCAGGCGAUCGUAGAUGCCGAGGAGACGGACACGGCCCUUGUGAUGCGGCGGUGGAAGAACACGACGCGGCUGUUUUCGAAUGAAGUGACCAAGCAGGCGCUCAAGGUUGAGAAGGAGAGCAAGACCGGGGAGUUUGCGGAGAUUGCGCCGUUUGUUAGUGGGAAGAGGGGGAGGGAGGUGUUCUUGAACGGUGAUGUCAACUUUGGGGUCUGGACAGCCGGCCAGGUCAUCGGCCUCAUCCACGAUAUUCCCACGUGCGCCGAGUUGCUUUCUCGGAUUGAGAAGGAGGCGGACGAGGCUCUGAACCGGUCGAGGUCGUUGUACACGGCAACGCCGCAGAGCAAGCUUUGA